CCCGUGCCGGCGGACGUGGAGAAGACGGAUUACGCCGAGACGUCGUAUCCGAAAUCUGAAGCCGAGUCUCGUUUACAACAAGUCAUGCACGAGUUGAGCGCGAGCGAGAAGGAAUUGUUGCACAAGUGUUGCAUUGUGUCGCGAGGCGCGCUGGACGCGGUCGUUCGCGCGAUUCGCCCGGGCGUCGUUCCCGACGAACUCGAUCGCAUCUGCCACAACUACAUCACCGCGCACGGCGGGUAUCCGUCGCCGCUCAACUAUUACGGCUUUCCGAAGUCUUGUUGCAUCUCCGUGAACGAGGUGAUUUGUCACGGUAUUCCUGACGCGCGUCCGCUCGAAAAAGGGGAUAUCGUGAACAUUGAUGUCACGGCGUACAUUUACGGCUACCACGGCGACUUGAACGAAACCGUCCUCGUGGGCAAGCCCGAGGACGUAGAUGAAAAAUCAAAGCACUUGCUCAAAGUCGCUUUGGAGUGCCUGUGGCGAGGGAUCGACACCGUCAAACCCGGCGCGCGCUAUCGAGAUAUCGGUGACGUCGUCACCGGACACGCCACUCGAAACAACUGUUCCGUCGUGAAGACGUACUGCGGCCACGGCAUCAACACUCUCUUCCACUGCGCCCCGAACGUUCCGCAUUACGCCAACAACAAAGCCGUGGGCGCGAUGAAAAAAGGUCACUCUUUCACGAUCGAGCCCAUGAUCAACCUCGGCGACUGGCGCGAUAUCACCUGGCCCGACGGCUGGACCGCCGUCACCCGCGACGGUUCUCGAAGCGCGCAGUACGAGCACACCAUGGUGUGCACCGACGACGGCGUCGAAGUCCUCACCGCUCGUCUUCCCUCUUCC